AUGGAAGGCUCAUUAUUUGAGCCAACAUUGUACAUAGUGAAAGGCAUGUGCAUACUUGACAAUGAUGGUAACAGAAUCUUAGCUAAGUAUUAUGAUAAAGAUAUCCUUCCUACCACUAAGGAGCAGAAAGCUUUUGAGAAGAAUUUGUUUAAUAAGACACACAGAGCGAAUGCAGAGAUCAUAAUGCUCGAGGGACUUACUUGUGUAUACAAAAGCAAUGUCGAUUUAUUCUUCUAUGUAAUGGGCAGCUCACAUGAAAAUGAGUUGAUACUGCAGUCUGUCCUAAAUGCGUUGUACGAGUCUGUCAGUAUACUACUGCGCAGAAAUGUUGAAAAACGUGUUCUAAUGGAAAACCUAGAUGCGGUGAUGCUGGCCUUUGAUGAGAUUUGUGAUGGAGGAGUUAUACUCGACUCUGACCCAACCUCGAUAGUCGGGCGUACCGCUCUCCGCACUGAAGAUGUACCACUUGGAGAACAGACUGUAGCACAGGUACUGCAAUCGGCGAAGGAACAGUUGAAGUGGUCUUUGCUGAAAUGA